AUGCUGCACAACCUCUUCCUCCUCUUGCCGAUCGUCGCGGCCCUUCCUGCCCGGCCUGCUCUCCCCGAGCUCACCGUCUCGCAAUGGUCCAAUAUCCAGUCCGGCUUUGUGAACGGCGCCAAGGACCUGGGCGAGUGGUCCUUUGGUAAAGCCCACGAGAUCAUCGACUCGGUCCAGGACGAGAUCGAUGCGGUGGUUGCCCACCAGAACAGCGGCGAUGAGACCCAGGAGACGAUCUGGAAGAAGCUCAAGGACGACCCGCACAGCUUCUCCAAGUUGACCAACGUGAUCGAUUUCGUUGGCGGCACUGCCAGGGAGAUCCUUGACGAUGGGAAGCUCCAGAUCACCUUCUUUGCUCCCAACAACGACGCUCUCACCCCUCCUGAGCACCACCACCACCAUCAUGAUGAUGACCACGCGGAGCUCACCGCUCUUAUGGCCAACCCCUCGCUCGCCACCGUCUCGUCCCUUUUGGACCGUCAGCCCGCCUACCUCCUCGAGGAUGACCACCGCGACCACCACGGUCACCACGGUGGCGACUCGGACGAGGACAAGAAGCGGAAGCGGGAGAUCUUCAAGAAGAUCGCAGCCAAGGUUCUGGCUUACCACGGUCUCCCCAAGGCUUACACCGCGUCCGAUCUCGCUCAGAACUCGACGCUCGAGACUGCGUUGAAGGCUGGCCGAGGUGGUGGCGGGGGUCUUUACCGCCGUAUCAGGGUCGAGAAGUCCUUGCUCCCUCCUUCGCUCAAGAUCAACUUCUACGCCCGUGUCCUCGUCAGCGACAUCAAGGCCAAGAACGGGUACCUCCACACCAUCAACCGCCCCCUCCUCCCUCCCGGAUCGAUCUUUGAAAGUCUUUACGCUUUCCCCGACUUCUUCUCGACCGUCACCUCGGCUGUGCAGGGCACCGACGGCAGGCACUACCUUGACUACGCGUACGACCGGAACGCGUCCAAGCCCGGUCACCCAGAGUUCACCGGCUCACCCCUCGCCACCUUCUUUGCGCCAACCAACGCCGCGUUCGCUCUCCUUCCCCCCAAACUCAAGUUCUUCCUCUUCUCCCCCUUCGGCAAGCGCGUCCUCGCCAAGGUCCUCGCAUACCACUACAUCCCCCACUCGCUUGUCCUCUCGGAGUUCCAGUACCACGAGAAACACGAGAAGCGCUCCUUCAUCGAGGCGGCCGAGGGCAUGUUCAACGUCGCGGAUGACCCGAGCUUCCGUCAGGAGCUCGAGGUGCACACUGGCUUGCCCAACUCUACUCUCAAGCUUGUUCUCGAGAAGAAGAAGGUUCUCCCCAUUGAUUCCGCGAUCAAGACCUCCAUCACCGUGAACGGUCACGCGGUCGAGACUAUCGACGUGCCGGCCCGCAACGGUGCUUUCCACGUCAUCAACAAGGUCCUCGUUCCCCCUCACCACCACCACGAUGACGAGGGUAACGACCUCUCGGCGCAGGACAGCUGGGCCAACUGGGAGCAGUGGCUCCCGGCGUGGGCUGAGCAGGCUUAA